AUGUCAAUGAAUUUGCUAUGGUACUACAGAAAAAUAAUGAACGAGUUUAAUAACAGAUUUAGCGAUUUCAAGAAAAUUACUAUAUUAUGCAGUUUCUUUGUUUCUCCGUUCAUGGAUGUAGACAUCGAAAAUAUUUCAGAAGAAUUUAGCAAGAUUUUUGACGUUGAUCGAAGAAAAAGUCAAAUAGAAAUUAUAAAUCUAAAAAAUGACAUCACUUUAAAAUUACAUUCAAAUGUCAACAUGUGGAAAUUUAUGUCUCAGGAAAAAUAUCCAAUUUUGAUUGAUUCGUAUCAACGAAUUCUUUCAUGCUUUGGAAGCACAUAUUUAUCCGAAACAUCAUUUUCAAGUAUGAAAAUGAUAAAAUCUCAAUACAGGACACGUUUAACGGAUGACCAUCUUGGGGAUUGCAUGAGAAUAGCAAUAAGCUUAUACGAGCCAGAAUUUGAAAUAAUCGCAAGUGAAUUACAAUGCCAAAAAUCGCAUUAA